GGAGGAGGCCCCGCGGCUCAUGAGCCCACAAUAUCUGAUUUUGGCCACACGCCUGGUGAUUUGCUUCUGUGGUUACUUUGACCCUCUCAUACCUGAGGAUACUCCCAGGAAAUUCCUGAAAAGGAUCUCUUUUUUUUGUUCAGUCUCACUGAAUGAUACCAGGUACCAUAUAUGUGGAACCACAACUAUUGGAAGAAUGACAGAUGACAAAGACGUUCUUCGUGAUGUCUGGUUUGGGCGAAUACCGACCUGCUUCACUUUGUAUCAAGACGAACUAACCGAAAGGGAAGCUGAACCCUAUUAUUUGCUUCUACCUCGCGUCAGCUAUCUGACACUGGUGACUGACAAAGUCAAAAAGCAUUUUCAGAAAGUCAUGAGGACAGAAGAUAUAAGUGAAAUUUGGUUUGAGUUCGAAGGGAUUCCUCUAAAAUGGCAUUACCCCGUUGGUUUGCUGUUUGAUUUACAUGCAUCAAAUACAUCUCUACCUUGGAGCAUCAUUGUCCAUUUUAAGAACUUUCCAGCUAAAGACCUUCUCCGUUGCCAGUCUAAAGAUGUCAUCGAAGCACAUUUCAUGUCAUCUGUUAAGGAAGCUGAUGCUUUAAAGCACAAAAGUCAAGUUAUUAAUGAGAUGCAGAAGAAGGACCAUAAGCAGUUGUGGAUGGGUUUGCAGAAUGAUAAAUUCGAACAGUUUUGGGCUAUAAACCGAAAACUUAUGGAAUUCUCCCCAGAGGAUGGUGGAUUUCGAUAUAUACCAUUUAGAAUAUAUCAGACAAUCAAUGACCGACCCUUUAUUCAGAAAUUAUUUCGACCAGUGGCCAAUGAUGGGAGGCCUCACACACUUGGUGAUCUUAUAAGAGAAAUCUGUCCUGCAGCAGUUCCAACAGAAGAUGAAGAGAAGAAGUAUCAGGUGAUGAUACACGGCAUAGAACCAAUGCUGGAGACUCCAGUGCAGUGGUUAAGUGAACAUCUCAGCUAUCCUGACAACUUUCUGCACAUAAGUAUCAUUCCCCAGCCUACUGACUGAAAGGCUCUACCAUGUUCAUUGGAAGUCCUUGGACUGGACUGGAUUUUUCAAGGCUAUAUCAAAACCAUUAUAAGAGUUUUGCUUUAAAGCACAUUGACCCAAAGAACAAGAAGAUUGGCUGUUGAGAUUUCUAAUUGUACCUUUUACCUCUCAUUUUUCUGCUGUAAAAUGAGUCUGAUUGUAACAAAGUGCUUAAAGCCACCUGCGGUGUUGAAACCGCAAACUCCAUACCUGCACAGUCUGAGACUAGAUGUGCCUCUCAGUUCCUAGUUAGAACAAGCAUAUGUGUGGGAAUAUUUUCGCUUUAAUUUUCCUUUCCAUUGUCAGAGCUGAAUUUAACAUUAAACAAUGCACUGAAAUGAUUGCUAUAAUUUUGCUUGUGAUUGAAAACUGAAAAUGUCAUAAAGAGUAACGAAAGGCUUCUAA